ACCACAUUCAGCUUCCAUAGAAAAGAAAAUAGGCACUUCCUCUUCACUUCUUUGCACAUCACCCAUAAAACUCCUUCCGUCAUAACCAAACCAUGACAACCCCAGAGCUCAUCAUGAUCCCAAUCCCAGCAAUCGGCCACCUCCCGCCGAUCUUCGAGUUCUCCAAGCGCCUCGUCUCUCGAAACGAUCGACUCUCCGUCACCAUCGUCCUCAUCAGAACACCUUUCACCCCUGAAGUCGACUCCUUCUCCGACUCCUUAGCCGAUUCAUGCGACCCAAACAGAAUCAAAUUCAUCAGAAUCUCAGGCCAGACCCUCCCUUCCCCUGAAUCCAUCCGCUCCAUCCAAACUUUCUUCCCUCAAUUCCUCGAUUCCCAAAAGGACGCCGUCAGAGAAGCUCUGCUGGCGGAUCGCGCGAACAGAGGCUCCCCUGUUUCCACGGUGGUGGGCGUGGUGGCGGAUAUUCUGACCACCGCCGUGGUCGAAGAGGUCGGGAAAGAGCUCGGAGUGCCCACCUACCUUUUCCAUCCUUCCUCUGCAGCGUUUCUGGGCCAGUUGCUCAGUUUCCCGGCGGAAUUCCGGCCAGAGGUGGCCGCCGGAGAUCCCGACGGCGAGAUUACGUUCCCGAGCUAUGUGAACCCUGUCCCCAACAAGCUACUUCCGUCGAUAAUGCUCGACGGGGAAGGUUACGCCACGGUGAAUGAUCAUAUAAGGAGGUUCAGAAAAAUGAAGGGAAUUGUGUUGAAUUCGUAUGUGGAGAUCGAAGCUCGCGCCGUCAGGUACUUGGAAGGAACGAACAUGGCGCCGGGGAAUUCGUCACCUCCGGUUUUCUGCGUCGGCCCUGUUAUCGACGCGAAAGGGCAGGGCAAAUUGGGGGAAAUUACCACCAACUCCUCGAUCGAAAAGAUCAUGACUUGGCUCGACGAUCAACCUCGAAACUCGGUGGUCCUGCUGUGUUUCGGGAGCGUGGGGAGCUUCAGCGACGCUCAGCUGAAGGAAAUCGCGGCGGGGCUCGAGCUAGCUGAACACCAGCGGUUUCUGUGGGUGAUCCGCGAGGCGCCAUCGAAGGAAGCUCCGGGGAUGCCCAAGGAUUACCUCGACUACUCCGAGUCCGGCGGCCUGGCGGGCAAAUUAGGAGAAGGGUUUCUGGAUCGGACCAAGGGGAGAGGAAUCGUGUGCGGGUGGGUCCCACAGGCGGCGGUGCUGGCCCACGCGGCGGUCGGAGGGUUCGUGUCGCACUGCGGGUGGAACUCGGUGCUGGAGAGCCUGUGGCACGGGGUGCCCGUGCUGGCGUGGCCGAUGUAUGCAGAGCAGCAGAUGAACGCGUUUUAUCUUGCGACGGAGCUGGGGUUGGCGGUGGAGAUGAGGGUGGAUUACCGGAUGGAAGAAGACACGGUGGUGAAAGGUGAUGAGAUCGCUAAGAAGAUCGAGCGAGUGAUGGAUGGGAACAGCGAGACGAGAAGGAAAGUUAAGGAGAUGAGUGAAGCGGCGAGAAGAGCCGUGGUUGAGGGUGGUUCUUCCUUCGAUGCUUUUGGCGGGUUUGUUGAUUUGAUUAUGAAGAACAAGCCUAUAGAUUGAUUGGUUGGGUUUGUGACAUUUCAAUGAGAAUUCAACGACCUUUUGUCGAUUGAAUGUUUGGUUAUCUUUGUUCUCUAAUAAAACUUAGUGAGCUAUACUUCCACUAAGGCAAUGAUGAUGUGGUCUCAUUCUUGACAAGUACUAUUUCCAAUCUUUGUGACGGUUACUCAGUUAUCUCAACUGCUUCAUAAUUAAAACAAACAAUCUAAUACGCAAAUUAAGAGUUUCAUUUGAUAAAUACGCAUUCAAAUGAGAUAGUUAAUGAUGCAUGCCAUCUUGGAAUAUUUGUCUGUCUCGAAGUGAAAAAUAAUGUAUACAAUUCAGAAUCUCACUUUUAUGUUAAGAUUGUGGACCAAUUUUUGUUUCCUUUUUGUCCCUAUAAACUUUUGUAUAUUGUUUACUUUUUAUAUCGAAAAACAAGAAUAAAUAUGAGAUUUCGUU